AUGACCACACCCAAAACCAUAAAAACCUCAAUCCUCCUCCUAAGCGACACCCACACCCUCACCCCCUCCCCGCCCUCCCACCCCCCCAGCACAACCCCCUACCGCCACCCCCUCCCCCCCACCGACCUCCUCAUCCACGCCGGCGACCUCACAAAAGUCGGGCACAAGCACGAGCACCUCACGACCCUCUCCUUCCUCAAACUCGCCCCAGCACCCCUAAAACUCAUCAUCCCAGGCAACCACGACAUCACGCUCGACGAGCCAUACUACAAACGUAUCGGGCACUACCGCCACCGCUACCGCACCGACCACACGGCCCCCUCCGCCACCAGUGGAAGCGAUAACGUCUCCGCGGGGAAACUCACGCCCGGUAGGGGACUCUCCGAUGAGGAGUUACGGGAGAUAAAGAACCUGUAUACGGGGCAAGAGGCACAGGAUGCAGGGAUUAGGUAUUUGGAGGAAGGGAUGCAUGUGUUUAGGUUGGGGAAUGGGGCGGUGCUGAGGGUGUAUGCGAGUCCGUAUACGCCGGAGUUUUGUCAGUGGGGGUUUGCGUAUCCGAGGGAGGUUGAUAGGUAUAAUCCUCCGGAGGAGGGGGAUGGGGAUGGGGAUGGGGAAAGGGGAAGGGGGCUAGUGCCGGACUAUCCCGGGGUAGAUGUGAUGAUUACGCAUGGACCGCCGUAUGGGGUGUUGGAUCAGGUAGUGCCGAAUCAUAUGAGUGUGGGGUGUGAGCAUUUGUAUCGGGCUGUGAAGAGGGCGAGGCCGAGAUUGCAUGUGUUUGGACAUAUUCAUGAGGGGUAUGGGGCGACGAGGAGGGAGUGGAGUUCGGGGAAUGAGAGUGUGAUUCAGUGUGAUAAGGAGAGGACGUUGGAGGAACGGUGUGCGAGGGUGGAUGUUAGUGCGGAGGGGGGUAAUGGGUUGAGGGUUGGGGAGGAGACGUUGUUUGUUAAUGCGAGUGUGGUGACGGUGCAGUAUCAUCCUCUUAAUGCGCCGUGGGUGGUGGAGAUGGAUUUACCGGCUGAGUAGGAGUGCCUUGAUGGUACGUGGUCUGUCUGUCUAUGAGUACGGUUCCAGUACAUAUUUAUUUAUUCUUUCUUAAG